AUGGUGUGUCUCUCUACAACUCCCAAACAGCUUUCUCUUUUUCCACCACUUGUUAAACAACGUAACCCAAGAAAUAGCAAUGCAUUGUUCACACUUAACAUACAUAACUCUACAAGCUCUUUUUGGACCACACGAGGAGGACCCGUGGCUCACACGAAACACACGGUCGUGGCUGUUUAUGAUGCACCAGAUCAGGUUGAGGGCUCCCGGAAGAUACCCUUCUCGAAGGUUUUGGUGGUGAGAAAACAGAGGUCAUUUCGGGAAAGGAGUUGGACUUCUUGGGACGUGACCAAGUUAGUCAUAUUCGUCGGGAUUCAUUUGCUGAGUCUUUUGGCUCCAUUUUACUGCAGUUGGAAGGCAUUUUGGGCUUUCCUUUGGCUCGUUUACAUCAAUGGAAUAUGCAUCACGUUUUCUUAUCAUAGGAACCUUUCACACCGAAGUUUUGAUCUGCCGAAAUGGCUCGAGUAUCUCUUUGCUUAUGGUGGCGUUCUGGCUUUUCAGGGAGACCCAAUAGAGUGGGUGAGCAACCAUCGGUACCAUCAUAAGCACUGUGAGACACAACGUGAUCCACACAGUCCUACGCAAGGGUUUUGGUUUAGUCAUAUGGCAUGGAUAUUUGAUACGGGCUAUAUACUCGAAAAGUGUGGUGGAGAGGAGAAUGUACAAGACCUUGUAAGGCAGCCCUUCUAUAGGUUCCUUCAGCGAACCGUGCUUUUGCAUAUAAUGGCUUAUGCCCUUCUCUUCUAUUUUUGUGGAGGCAUGCCUUUACUCGUCUGGGGAAUUGGUGUUGCAAUUGUGGUUCGACUCCACCUGACUUUUCUCGUGAACUCAGCUUGCCAUAUAUGGGGAACACGAGCUUGGAAUACACCUGACUUCUCCAAGAACAACUGGUGGGUAGCGAUUUUAACACUUGGCGAGGGAUGGCAUAACAAUCAUCAUGCGUUCGAGUUCUCGGCCAGGCAUGGACUGGAAUGGUGGCAGCUCGACAUUACUUGGUGUUUCAUUAGGUUUCUUGAAGCUAUUGGUUUGGCCACUAACGUUAAGUUACCAACUGAAUCUCAAAAGAAAAUAAUGAAUUUGGUCCAUGAUGGGUAA